GACGUACUUCCGGCGGAUGUAACCGGUCAGCUGUGUUGUAUUACAAGGCUUCCUGGUUUCGCCAAAGAAGCAGAUGUCGUUUCUCGAUUGAAUGCUCGUGAACAUCUUUCUUAGGCUUCAACGCAGGUUUCAGUAGACGGGACUCGGCACUACUGCAGCCGCCGACAUGAACACGGAGAAGGACUUUUCGCCGCUGACGCCCAACAUCGUCCGGGCUCUGAACGACAAACUGUACGAGAAGAGGAAAGUCGCCGCUCUAGAGAUCGAGAAACUGGUGCGGGAGUUUGUGGCUCAGAACAACUCCACUCAGAUCAGGCACGUCAUCCAGAUCCUAGCAUCGGAGUUUGCCCUCUCCCAGCACCCCCACAGUCGCAAGGGGGGUCUCAUUGGACUGGCAGCCUGCUCCAUCGCCCUCGGCAAGGACUCGGGUCUGUAUCUGAAGGAGCUUAUUGAGCCUGUACUCACGUGUUUCAAUGACUCAGACAGCCGUUUGCGCUACUAUGCAUGUGAGGCCCUCUAUAAUAUAGUCAAAGUGGCGAGGGGAGCUGUGCUGCCCCACUUCAACCUGCUCUUUGAUGGUCUCAGCAAGCUUGCGGCAGAUCCGGAUCCCAAUGUUAAAAGUGGAUCUGAGCUCCUGGACAGACUGCUGAAGGACAUUGUGACCGAAAGUAACAAGUUUGACUUAGUGGCAUUUGUCCCCUUGCUGAGGGAGAGGAUCUACUCCAAUAACCAGUAUGCCAGGCAGUUCAUCAUAUCUUGGAUCCACGUUCUGGAGACUGUGCCAGACAUAAAUCUGUUAGACUACCUCCCUGAAAUCUUGGAUGGGCUCUUCCAGAUCCUGGGAGACAACAGCAAGGAGAUCCGUAGGACUUGCGAGGUGGUGUUAGGAGAGUUUCUGAAGGAAAUCAAAAAGACUCCCUCCAGCGUGAAAUUUGCUGAGAUGGCCAACAUUUUGGUCAUCCACUGCCAGGUUGCAGAUGAGACCAAACUCACAAAUGACCUGAUCCAGCUGACGUCUAUGACCUGGAUGAGAGAGUUUAUCCAGCUGGCAGGCAGAGUGGUGCUCCCCUACUCCUCUGGCAUCCUCACUGCAGUGCUGCCUUGCCUUUCCUAUGACGACAGAAAGAAAAACACCAAAGAAGCAGCAAGUGCCUGCAACCACAGUCUGAUGAAGCUGGUGACUCCUGAGGAUGAUGAGGAUGAAGAGGAGGAGAGAGGUGGGAGCAAGGUGUCGCCGGCCAAGGAAGACGGCCAGCCCAAGACGGAGGUAGACGGCAAUGAUAUGCUGAAUGCAUCACAAGAAUCUGUUGGUUUCAGUAAUAUCAGCUUCUUUACUCCAGCGAUUGCAGACAGGCCUCAGGUAACUCUGGACCUGGAUGGUAUUGUUCAGGUGUUGGACCGUCACCUCCACGACUCCUCCACUGGCAUGAUGACCCGUAUAGCUGUGCUCAAAUGGCUCUACCACCUCUACAUCAAGACGCCUCGCAAAAUGUUCCGCCACACAGACAGCUUGUUUCCCAUGCUGCUCAAAACGCUGUCUGAUGAGUCUGAUGAGGUUAUACUGAAAGACCUGGAGGUGUUGGCUGAGAUUGCAUCAUCUCCUGCUGGUCAAACAGACCAAGCUGGCUCCUGCGACGGCACCGACAACAAACUGGAGCUCAAGGUCCCAGAAGGUACCAAGGUGGGACAGCAACAUAGCACAGGCUCAAAGGCAGCGGACUCAUCCCCCUCCACUCCCAGUAUGAACUCCUAUUUUUACAAGUUCAUGAUCAACUUGCUGAAACGCCUGAGUCUGGAGAGGAAGCUGCUGGAGAACAGAGGAGCUUUCAUCAUCAGGCAGCUGUGUUUGUUGCUUCAUGCAGAGAACAUCUUCCACUCCAUGGCUGACAUCUUGUUGAAGGAGGAGGACCUCAAGUUUGCCUCCACUAUGGUUCAGACGCUCAACACCAUCCUGCUCACCUCUGCCGAGCUCUUCCAGCUACGCAAUCAGCUGAAAGACCUACGUACUCCGGAAAGCUGUGAUUUGUUUUGCUGCCUGUAUCGUUCCUGGUGCCACAACCCUGUGGCCACCGUGUCGCUCUGUUUUCUCACGCAGAACUAUAAACACGCCUAUGAUCUCAUCCAGAAGUUUGGAGAUCUAGAAGUGACAGUAGACUUCCUGAUGGAGGUAGACAAACUGGUACAGCUCAUAGAAAGCCCCAUUUUCACCUACCUGCGCCUGCAGCUCCUGGAUGUGGAGAACAACCCUUACCUGAUUAAGGCACUGUAUGGUCUGCUGAUGCUGCUGCCACAGAGCCAGGCCUUCCAGCUGCUCUCCCACCGCUUGCGGUGUGUCCCUAACCCAGAGCUCAUGAGGACUGUGGAUGAGUCCAGGUACAUGGACUCUAAACAGCAAGUGGCCUCCAAACGUGCUUCUCACACUCAGAUGGAUUACAACGAGCUGCUCCAGCAUUUUGACCGCGUUCAGAGCAAACAUCUGGAGGUCCGACACCAGCGCUCUGGACGUGCCUCUGAUCACCCCGACAGGAAGCUGAUGUGAAGUCAUUGUGCCAUAGUGACCUCAGGUCAUUGAGAACAGCAAGAGAAGGGUGAAGGAAAUGAUGUUUAAAGAUACAUAAAUAUAUAUAUGUGUAUAACUGGAAGAGGUUAUGAAGAUGCUGUCGAAGCCAAAAAGUAUUAUGGGAGUAUGAUUUAAAACCUGUCCUUUCAGUGAAGUUGUUAAUAAACAACUCUGCUGGUAAAUUUCUUUUCUAAUAAUGAGGGAAAAGUUGAUGUAACAUGAGAAAAUUAAUUUUAAACGUGAAACAGAAUUAAUACAUUUCAGAUUUUACUUAAUGUGAUGAUUUAAAGAAUGUAUAUAAAAUCGCUUACGUCAUAACUAGUGGUGGUGUUUUAAUCAAGCCCUGUCAGCAGUUGUGGUUAUUUCCAGCUAGAUGAUAUGAUCACAAUAUUUCAACUGGAACUGACAUGCAUCUCAGUGUUAUAUCACACUUUUUGUCAUUUGAUGUUCACGUGAGCCACAGUAUUAUCACGUUGUGUAUCCCUCUGAGCAGCAUGCUCUCCUCGUUGCCUUAAUCUCAUGACAGCCAGAAAUCCAUCAGCUCAUCUGAGGUGAACUCUGUAAGCAGUGGUUGACUGAUCACUGGCAUAAAUUCUAGGGUAGAUAUUACACUUUACCAUGUCAUAAACUUGAGUUAACACACUUCCAAACUCUAAUAUAUUAUUCAGCGAAUUUGUAUUUCUACUUCCUGUGUUUGUGCAGUGUCUGUUUGCAUUCCAAAAAAAAAAAUCUAAAAAAUUGCAAUUUUGUCAUUCCUGUGUGAAAAAUGAAUAAAGUGGAACACGUGAUUGAAAA